CUUUUCCGCGCAGGGCGUGCAUACAUUCAAGAGGCGCCAGUCGUUUCUGUUUCUUCAUCGUCAAUUCCUUCCCCCAGCUCCCUUUCUUUCUUCUCUGUCUCCGCCUUUUCCUUCUUCAUCCACUCAACAUGGAGAGCGAAUCCAAAGUCAGUUCUCUGGUCCGCCGGAUCCACGGAUGGUCGUGGCAAGCGUUCCCCAUCGGCAUGGGCACCGGUGCCGUCUACGUGACGCUCUCCGGCCUCGAGGCACAGACACCCGCGCUAGUGACUAUCCAAGUGAUCUUCUACUUCCUCAAUAUGGCCCUCUUCCUGCUCAACACGAGUACCCUGCUCGUGCAAGCCAUCGUCUUCCCUAGGCAGGCAUGGAGGCUGCUGCAGGACCCCGUCAAAGGCAUCUUCGUCCCCCUCGUCGUCCUCUCGUUCGCCACCAUCAUCAUCGGAACGAUAAAUUACGCGGUGCCGUCCAAACACGUUGGCCCGGAGCUGAUCUAUGCGCUGUUCUGGGUGUACACGGUGUUCGCGCUGCUGACCUGCUUCCCAAUGAUGAUGAUCUGGUUCAACAAGCCGCAUGAUCUGAACCACUUCACACCUGCCUAUGCGUUCUUGGUAUUUCCUCUGAUGCUGGUCGGCGUGGUUUCGUUCAACCUUCUGAACGUGAUGUCAAACGACGAUCCCCGAGCUCUUGGCGUCCUGUUCGUCGGCUAUUUCUUCCAGGGUCUCGGGUUCUUCAUGACCUUCAUCUACAUCUGCAUCUAUGUCAUCCGCGUUAUGACUACGGGAUUCCUCGAUGGUCAUCAGGCAAACGGUGCAUUCGUUGCCUGCGGUCCCCCUGGCUUCACUGCCCUGGCCCUGGUCAACCUCGGGCGCCACGCCAAGGACCUACUGCCCAAGUUCAAUCUCGUGUCACCGCAAGCGGGCGAGAUCUGGUAUGCCGUCAGCAUCAUGUCGGCGCUGAUGCUCUACGGGCUCGCGGUGUUCUUCUUUGUGUUUGGUGUUCUGCCGUACUGGUUCAAAGUGCACAAACACCUGAACGAGAUCCUUGGAUGCUGGGCGCUGACCUUCCCCAACGUCGGGUGGAUCAGCACCACGAAAACACUCGGCAAAUUGCUAAACGUCCCUGGGCUGGUGUCGCUGCAUGUGUUUUUGUCGGUCGUGAUCGUGAUCACUUGGCUGGUGCUCAUCGUCCUCACCGCGAUGGCAUUCUGGAAGGGGCUCAUCUUCUACUCCAAGCCGGAGGACGUGCUCAGGGACUCGGUCACCGAGGCCGAGGAGAAGGAGAUCGAGAAGCACGCGUCGAGGUCGUCGUUCACGAUCGACCAUGAGCAGCAGUACCCCCAUCAGUACCACCCGUACAACCACGUCUGAGCAACGGGACACACCCGUGACGGACCUUUCACACACAAACUUGUACUUGGUUUUCUCUCCCUUGUAGACUGGUGGAUUUGUGUGCAUCACAAUCUAGAGUUUUGCACAAGGACAAUCAUACAGACAUUCCUUAACAUCGUUUAGUACCGCGGCCGCUUACGCACAUAUUAGUAGUACUCACUCGCACUUUAUUUUCUCCCUCUUUUCUCGUAGAUUG